AUGAAACGAUCCAUACUCUCGUCACAAGAAAGAAAGUCUAACAGUGCUGUUAGUCGUCAGAGUAAUGAAGCUGGUGCCCAUCAAACUCGGACUAGCAAUAUCUCCGGUGGUCGUGGUGGUGGUGGCGGUAUUAGCCUUCAACAAACAGUCAACACAGUGGAUACUGAACUAACAAUCAAUGACGAUGAUGAUGAUGAUAGUUAUUCUGGUUCAAUGACUAAAAAUCUCCCUGAGGAUGAUGAUUUACGCGUUAUGGUUGAGUUGAAUAAUCCACGUAUCUAUCGUGAUGUUAAGCAUAUCCUACUCGAAGAACAACGUAUACGUAAAGCGCUUAGAAAGAAUAAAAAAUUACCCUUCCCGUGUAAAUGUUCCCAGUUAUGCGAAUUUGGAUAUUUAAUUCAACCAUUAACUAGUGCAUUAGGUCAAUUGUAUGAAGAAUACAUUUCAUUGCAUAGAGAUUAUCAUAACCUGUUUCAUGCGAAUACUAUUACUAUUACAGAUGAUAAUCAAAUCUAUGUGAAUAGUACUCCUACAACUAUUCGACAAAAAUCGAAAGAAUCAGAUUUAAACAAAAAAUACCCACUGAUGAAUACAACCGAAUUUCACUAUGACAUUGAACAUUUAAUUGAUAAAAUUGAAGCUCAAGACAAUGAACGAUUAUAUCGUAAAACAUGUGAACCUUAUAUGGAAGCUGUACGCUUAUACAUACAAAAAAUGGCUACACCUAAAUGGGAAAGAAUUAAAUUAUGGUUUACAAAUCACUUGAUGGCUAGAAAGAAAUGUAUUUGUUUUCAUUGUGAUUACAGGGAUGCAUUAAUUGACUAUAGAGAUGCUUUAAUUAAUUUACAUAAAGAAUAUAUUAUUAUUUAUGCAAAUUAUUAUGCACUUGUCAAUUCGCUUAGUUUACAUGAGUUAAGCGUUAAAAAUAAUAAAAUUUUAAGAAAAAUUAAAAUUAAUUCAAGGCAUUUACAGUAUAUUAAGUCAUUUUUAUAA